AGGGGCGUUAGUGGGGGCGUGUCCGCGCUCGAGCUCGACCCAGUUUGAAACAGACGCAGAUCUGCAGUCGCUGCUUCAGCUCAACAACAAUAACACCUGAGAACCAUAGAACCCGAGGGAACCCGAGAGAAACCGAGAGCAUCCGAGAGCAUCAGCCCGCAGCUCCUCCGAGCCGCCAGUAUGAUGCGCAAAGACGUGAACAAGCCGAAGGGCAAGACGUCGGCUUAUGCCUUCUUCGUCCAGACGUGUCGAGAGGAACAUCGCAAGAAACACCCGGAGCAGUCCGUCAACUUCGCUGAGUUCUCCAAGAAGUGCUCCGAGAGGUGGAAGGGUCUGACGGCCAAUGAUAAGAAGUGUUUCGAGGACAUGGCGAAGACCGACAAGGUGCGCUACAACCGUGAGAUGGUGGACUACACCC